AAACAAAAUCCAAUGGGUUCUUCUCUCUCUCUGUUUCCUCUUCAUUUCCUAAAGUGAACAUGAACUACACCGUUACGCUUCAUCUCUUCUUCUCUUCUUGAUUCCUUCGCAAGCAAUCUUCUCCGCUUUUCCUCGACACUAAGUUGGAAUCUUCCCUGGGAUGGUUUCGUUCGCUGGAUUCGCCUUCAUCACUGGAUUUUUGCUGGGGAUCCUCACCAUCGUAGCGGCGGAAGUUGCUGGCUUUCUGUACCUCCUCAAGCGAUUGAAUCGGAAGAGAAACCUCCAUGAAUCGAAUAAGACGAGCUCUGAUCCUCCCAACUCCAUUGAUUUCAGUCUCAACAAACAGGGAGUGAUUUGGAUUUUGGAGUCUGAUGAGAGUUUAAAAGAUUGGAUGAAUGAGAAGUUACCAAAAGAGCAGAAGAAGAAGAAGAAGAAAGACCUCUUGGAGGUGCAUCCAGUUAGGAAGUCUUCUCAUAUCAAAGACCACAAGCUCAUCUUGUUAAAUGCAGAUGGUACUCAGAAGAUUGUUUUUUUGAAAGGUUGCUCCGUUGAGGCUGUUUCAGGGUCUGAUCUCCCAACAAGGAAAUGGGCUAAAAGAUAUCCUAUCAAAGUAGAAAGCAAAACUUCAAACUUGCACAAAGGAAACCGUGUGUUUUACAUCUUUCUCGAGACUUCUUGGGAGAAGGAGUCAUGGUGUAAAGCUCUUCGUCUUGCUGCUUGCAAUGAUCAAGAAAGAGCUACCUGGCCUACCAAGUUGAAACAUGAUUUCCAGAACUACAUAGCUUCCCUUAAUGUUGCAUAUCCUUCUUUUAUGAAACAACCAUCAUCUGGAUUUGAUGUUGAGUCAUUGGACAACAAGGGGGUUAAAAUAGAUGCUCCUUCCUCAAAAGUUCGUUUGUUCUGGAAGAAAUUCUCAAGAAAGAAAGUGCCGAACCGUGAAGACAAGAAGACUUCAUCAACACGCCAUUACCAAGAUUCAUCCGGUAGCUCUGGAAGAAGCACCCCAGCGAGAAAGGUGCGAGAUAACAACAUCCCUGAGGAAACUGAAGUGCAAGCUUUCUCACGUUCUUGGAGCCAUGUCAGUCAUGUCUCUGAUGUAGACUCGGAGGACAAGUUUUAUAGUGAUGAAGGAACUUUAGCGUGGAACUUGCUGAUCUCUCGGCUGUUUUUUGAUGUUAAACUGAACACAGGGAUAAAGACUGUAGUGCACGAACGUAUCCAGCGGGUGUUGUCUAACAUGAGACUUCCCAGCUACAUAGGUGAUUUAAUCUGCUGUGAUGUAAGGAUUGGGAAUCUCCCGCCUUAUAUACAUGGUGCAAGGGUUCUUCCUGUGGAGAUGAAUGGUGUGUGGGCGUUUGAACUAGACAUUGAAUACACUGGUGGUGCGGGUUUAGUAGUUGAGACUCGGGUUGAUGCCAGAGCGGAAGAUCUGCAGAAAGGGAUAGCUGAGGGAAAACUGCAGCCAAGUCCUUCUGGCGAUGUUCCCAUAGAUCUCCUUGAAGGUCUUGAAGAGUUUGAAAAGCAAUUAAGUGUUCCUGGAGGAACUGUUGAAGUGAAAACUGGAGGAAGCGAUAAACCUGAUGAAUCUAAGGGAUCAAAAGGAACAAACAAUGGAUCUAAGUGGAAGUCUAUUCUGAAGAACAUCGCUGAGCAAGUCUCUCAGGUUCCGAUUAAUUUGUCAAUAGGAGUCUCCUCCCUUACAGGGACACUGCGCGUACACAUGAAGCCGCCUCCAUCAGAUCAACUAUGGCUUAGCUUCACAACCAUGCCUGAUAUUCAUUUCGACCUUGUCUCAUCUGUUGGUGACCACAAAAUCACAAACAGCCAUGUUGCUACGUUCUUGAUCAACAAGUUUAACAACGGGAUAAGAGAGGUCAUGGUGCUUCCCAACUGCGAAAACGUAACCAUUCCGUGGAUGAUAGCUGAGAAGGAUGAUUGGGUCCAACGCAGUGUUGCGCCAUUUAUGUGGCUAAAUCAAGACUCAGAUAGUGAUCACGACAGCUUCGAAGCUGCAGAAGUAAAACCUAAAGCUGACAAGCCGCCGAGUCCUGAACAAACGAAGAAAGUUGCCAACGUUCACCAGAAACCAAGAACUGAUGAAGAGCCUGUGGCUUCUUCACCACCAGCAGCUAACUCCGCAGCUCCUAUAGUAGAAUCGGAGGAUACAAUAGCACGAGGAGGCAAUGACGAGGAGACUACUCCGGUUAGUGUCCAAUCAUCAUCGAGGUCUAUCUUUUCAAGUGAAGAGGAUGAUUUGAAGGGAAGGCAAAUUGGAAGAAAAGAGAGGAUUUUUGAUUUUAGGAAGAAAUUUGGGGAGAAGUUUGAAGAGAAGAAACGUCAUGUGGAGGAAAGAAGUAAACAGAUUGUUGAAAAGAUGAGAGGACCUUAACACAACAAGAAGCUCCUUUGUCUUUUCCAGGUUCAGACACAAGAAAAAGACUGAACAAGAAAAUCAAUUGAUUAGAUUAGGAUAUAGUUAGUUACUUGUAUCCAUAUAUGUUUGGUGAAAGUAUCAGAACUCAUUGUGAAA